GCAGUCCACUCACUAUCUGUACUUAGUUACGAGAAGACAUCCACGCCACGCACCAAACACACAGACAGGCAGACACAGACACACACACGCCCCUCCACGUCACAUCAUUCACGAAGGUUAUCAUGGAGUCUUUGGUUGACACAUACCAUCAGUGGGGAGCGGAGUUAAUUUCUACAAUGCAGAGAACGUUUCCAGGAAGUGCAUUAUUCUUCAUGAAGGUGUCAGACGCCGGGGAUCCCAGUCUGGCCUUCACAUUCUACUUCCCUCUUGUGGUGGCUCUACACGCUGGCAUCGGUGUCAGGCUCAUGUGGUCCAUCAUUUUCUGCGAGUGGUCUAACAUGAUCCUUAAGUGGGUGAUGGCAGGUGACCGUCCGUACUGGUGGGUCCACGAAACGAAGCUCUACGCCCACCGCGUGCCUCCCUACGUACACCAGUUCCCCGGGACGUGCGAGACGGGCCCCGGUAUGCCCUCGGGUCACGCCAAGCUCAACGCUGCCAUGUUCUAUGUACUCGCGUCCGCCUUCUGCGAGCUGGUCGUCAAAAGAACUUCACUCCACAGCACAAAGCAGCAGAGAUGGGCGUGUCGUGGUAUAUGGGCGGCUUACGGGGUGUGGCUGGUGUUGGUGGUGGUUUCGAGGACCUACAUGGCUGCCCACUUCCCCCAUCAGUGUGUGGCCGGAGCUCUCAUAGGGUUGAUGAUCGCUGUGUUGGUGCCUCACUUCCCUGCGCUGCAAGUACUGUCUCGUCGCAAGUACCUCGCCUUGACUGCCACCAUCAUCGUCACUGUCCUCGGUACUUACUUCUCCUACAAAGCGAUGGGAGGGAACGUGUUGUGGUCGCUGGAGAAGGCUGUCAAAUGGUGCGUGAGGAGGGAGUACAUCCACGUCGACUCCACCCCCUUCUACUCCUUCAGUAGGUACUCAGGAGUCUCGCUUGGUCUCGGCCUCGGUCUGUCCUCGCCCAUGUACAAGAAGGCCAACCGUGCGAGGUUCAGCUACAAGAUGAUCCUCUCACUGGUAAUCGUCAGCCUGGCAGUGAGUCAGGCUGGAGUGUUCGCACAUAAGUCACUGAAACCGACCAUGACGGGGUGGUACCUGGCGGAGUUUACCCUCAACGCCGUGGUGACCUUCGUGUUGGUGGCCGGACUCCCUCACCUGGUCAGGGUAGCCUCCAAGGUCGCUCCAGGUGAAAAGUUUAAGAAGAAAUGAUUGUUGGAGUUCAUUUUGGAGAUUAAAUGAUUGUUGGAGUUCAUUUUGGAGAUUAAAUGAUUGUUGGAGUUCAUUUUGGAGAUUAAAUGAUUGUUGGAGUUCAUUUUGGAGAUUUUCUUAAUAAAACUCUCAAGCUG